AUGACACGCGACUUCUAUUUCGUGGCAGUGGACUAUCCAGGCCUAAACUGGUCCCAUUUCCACUCUCUAGCCAAUCUGCUAUCGCUUCGUAACGGCGACCAGGCCGAAGCCUCCUCGCUAUCUAACGCCGUGCUCGACGAAGACUAUAGUAACGAUAAAAACGACAAUGCGGGCGCAUCUAGUGUGAACACUAGCUGCGCUCAUCGAAUAGCAGAUUCUGGACAUGGAAAGCUGAAACAGAAGUUUCUGGACUGUUUGGCGGAAUUUGCCGCAAACAAAAAAGGCGGAACUGCAGUCGCUUGCUCUGCUAUGAGGGAGAGCAAAUACAGCAAUGAGGGGUUCUCAGAGGCUGACAAGCCUAUAUUUACUGUCCCAGAAAGGCUGUUGGAAUCAUGUUCGCGUGGCGAAGAUACAAAUACAGAUGUACGUCUGUGGGAAGAGUUGGUGUCAUUCUAUCAGAGUCGGAUACAGAGCAGCUAUUUACCCGAUCUAAGAGCGGGCUUCGAAGCUUUCGAGACAGGAUAUAGGAAGACAUAUCUUGACACAACAGCAUCUUCUAGAUCAAGAAAACUUUGGGUCAACAUCUGUCUAAUUGCACGGCUGAGAGUUAUAUUCGGAAAAUUCAAGGAAACCGCCCUAAAGUUCCCGAGUUUCAUGCAUGUCACCAUCGCCCUAGUGUCUCGACCUCCUGCACCCGCAAGUCUACCUCAUCGCCUCAUGAAGCUAAUAGAUACAUUUAGAGUUCUUGGCCUCGAUACAAAAAUAGAGGCAGUUCAGGCCAGACAGAAGCUGAACAUCCAUGCUGAGGUGCAAUUACUGAUGCACUUGAACACAUCCAAUACUUCUGGUCCUGGACUAUUGCCUUACAUUGGAUGUAGUAAGUUGUGCUGCUUCAUGUGUCAUGCGUUUAUCCAGUCAUAUGGACACUUUAAUACACAGGGAUGCCACGGUCGUCUUUUCAAGCCAUGGACUAUUCCAAACAUGGAGCUGCUUCUCCCAGAACAGGUCAAGCGAAUAAGUGAGGCUGUGAUAUCACUGCAUAAAGAGAUAGUGAAGAAGCUCGUCACUCCAGUGGGAGGCAAAGUUCGACUUGAACGAACUUCAGUAUUUGGAGGCAUCAGCUUAAUCGGUACUCAGCAUGACGAAGUUUCGGCGAGGCGAGCGCAGAUUGAUCAUCUAAUUGUGAAGGCGGAGCAGAAUCGAGUUGCAGUGAUGUUCAGAAGGUAG